GUGAAAGGGCGACCACAAAUUAAUAAUAAGUGGUGUGGGCUUACAAUCUUCACAUUUCAUUUUUUUCAUUUCUAGAAAUUUCCUACAUAUAAAAAUUAAUUUCAACACAAAUUCCUUGCUUAUUUUCUUCAAUACAUAGUAAUCAUAUUCAUUUCCUUUGAUUAGGAUUUCAAGUUGGAAAUUCCCAAUUCAAUUUUGUGUCUUCUUUCUUAAUCAGAAAUUUAGAUCCAUGGAGGCAGCUACUGUUUUCCGUCCACCAUUAGGCAUAAGACCUUCACUUUCAUUGCAUCAAUUCAACGCUUUUCUUUCUUUCAACCCUAGAUUGAGAUUCUCUAAGUCUUCUUCCCUAUAUCAUGUAAAGCUUGGGGCUGGAAAACUGCCCUACAAGACAGGGAAGUCUCUUGUUGUUAGAGCAUCUAAAUCUUCUAAUUCAUCCGACUCUGCGGCACCUAUUGCUCCCCUUCAGCUGGAGUCUCCGGUUGGGCAGUUUCUUUCUCAAAUUUUAGUAAGCCAUCCUCACCUCGUUCCUGCUGCAGUUGACCAGCAACUUGAGCUGUUGGAGACUGACCGUGAAGCUGAGAAGCAGAAGGAAGAGCCAUCUGCUUCUGGCACUGAUCUUGUGUUGUACAGGAGGAUUGCAGAAGUUAAGGCGAACGAAAGGAGAAAAGCGUUGGAAGAGAUCUUAUACACAUUGGUGGUACAGAAAUUUAUGGAUGCAAAUAUUUCUUUGAUCCCCUGCAUUUCUCCAUCUGCAGCUGAUCCUUCAGGCCGUGUGGAUGUAUGGCCUACUCCGAAUGGAAAGCUAGAAGAAGUUCACUCUUCGGAAGCAUAUGAGAUGAUCCAGAAUCAUCUUGCUCUUAUACUUGGUAACAAAUUGGAAGAUUCAACGUCAGUAGCGCAGAUCAGCAAACUAAGGAUUGGACAAGUGUAUGCAGCAUCGGUGAUGUUCGGUUACUUCCUCAAGCGCAUCGACCAGCGGUUUCAACUCGAACAGAUCAUGAAAAUCCUUCCUGAACAGAUGUAUGGGAGUGAGAAUGACGUUAUGAUAGAAGAUGGAGUACACAUGGCAUCUCAGGACUCUGCUUCGUACUUUCACGAUCAAGCACAAGUACAUCCAGAGGUUUCUUCGUGGGCAAGUGGUAUUGGUAAUGGGGAAUUUGGCAAUGGGGUAAAACCUUCACGUCUUAGGAGCUACGUCAUGUCAUUUGAUGCCGAAACACUUGCAAAAUAUGCCACGAUACGAUCCAAGGAGGCUGUUGCAAUCAUCGAGAAGCAUACUGAAGCUUUGUUUGGUAAACCGGAGAUAAUCAUUACUCCUCAGGGAACAAUCGAUUCCUCCAAGGAUGAACUUAUUAAGAUCGGGUUUAGUGGUUUGAGGAGGCUUGUUCUAGAGGCCGUAACCUUUGGGGCGUUUUUGUGGGAUGUUGAGAGUUAUGUGGAAUCAAGGUACCAUUUCGUUCUCAAUUAGGUUCUCGGAAAGGUUCGUUCGAGACGUGAAUGAUUUUAACUUAUUUAACAUACCGGGCGGGUUUAUCAACCUACCUUAUACUACUUGCCUUGUACAUAGAUGUGGGUUCUCGUGUUUAUAGUUUUUACUAAACGAAAUCGGGUGUUUGUCAUAAUACUUGGGACAUUUCGUUACUUGAUGUUGUGCUUAUUAUACAAUUAGUGAUAAACGUAGUUUGGUAUUCA